UUCGGCUCUUGCUGCUGAUAACAAAAAGGAUGAUGAAAAACCCUUUUGCUCCUUUAGCUUCAACCCCACCCGCCCACGCGCCUUGCCGCCCGGCUCGCCGGAACCCGACCCAUUAGCAUUUUACUCAGACCACAUCGACCGCUUCAGCUCCUCUUUUCCGUUAUUUCUGCUUCGGAGUCCGGGCCUGAGUCUAAAGCGACUACUAGAGAGUAGAAUCGACAUUGCUGUAUCGAGAAUCCAGCGAGCACGAUCUUGCUGAGCUGAAGCUGAGAGAGCUGUUGUUGGCGGCGAGGAAGCGAUGUACGUGGUGCCUCCACCGCAGCGAUCGGAUCCGGCUUCCGGAUCCGCCGGUGCCGCCGCUGAUUUGCGGGUCUACCAGAAUUGGAAGGGCAGCAAUAUAUUUUUCCUUCAGGGGAGGAUUGUUUUUGGACCAGAUGUAAGAUCGUUGGGGCUGACCAUAUUUCUGAUUGUUGCUCCUGUCACAAUAUUCUGCAUCUUUGUUGCCAGAAAGUUGAUGGAUCAUUACUCACAUCACUUGGGAAUAUUCAUAAUGGCUGUCGCUGUUGUAUUCACUGUUUAUGAUUUAAUUCUCCUCCUGCUAACCUCUGGAAGAGAUCCUGGUAUAAUUCCCCGUAACACACACCCUCCAGAGCCUGAAGGAUUUGAUGGGAAUGUAGAAAGUGGGGCUGGACAAACUCCACAGUUACGCUUGCCUCGCAUCAAAGAAGUUGAGGUGAAUGGAAUCUCUGUCAAGAUCAAGUAUUGCGAUACUUGUAUGCUUUAUAGACCUCCUCGCUGCUCCCACUGUUCAAUAUGCAACAACUGUGUAGAAAGAUUCGAUCACCAUUGUCCCUGGGUUGGGCAGUGUAUUGGGCUGAGGAACUAUCGAUUCUUCUUCAUGUUUGUCUUCUCCACAACUCUUCUUUGUAUAUAUGUUUUUGCAUUCUGCUGGGUGUACGUUAGAAGGAUCAUGGAAGCUGAGGAGACAACGAUUUGGAAAGCAAUGAUUAAAACUCCAGCAUCUAUUGUGCUGAUAGUCUAUACUUUCAUAUCGAUGUGGUUUGUUGGUGGUCUUACUGCCUUCCAUUUGUAUCUCAUCAGUACAAAUCAGACUACAUAUGAGAAUUUCCGCUAUCGAUAUGAUAGGCGAGCCAACCCGUAUAACAAAGGAGUGGUGGACAAUUUCAAAGAGAUAUUUUGUACCACCAUUCCCAAGUCCAAGAACAACUUCAGGGACAAGGUUCCAAGGGAACCGGUGUUACCUCCUCGAUCAGGGGGUGGGGGUUUUAUGAGCCCAAAUAUGGGAAAAGCUGUGGAUGACAUUGAAAUGGGCAGAAAAACAGUGUGGGGUGACAUGAAUGCUGGGGGAGAUAAUUACGACGGGCAGCAUAACGGCAAUGAUCGUGUGAAUGUAAAAGAUGGUGAAUUAAGUGAAGUAUCCCCAGAUAUAAGGACGACAGUAGAUGAAACUGUGGAUCGCGCUGGAAUGCAUCCCAGGCGAUCGAGCUGGGGAAGGAAAAGUGGAAGUUGGGAAAUGUCCCCAGAAGUUCUUGCUUUAGCAGCUAGAGUCGGGGAACCAAACCGCAUGGGCGGCAGUAGCAGCGGUGGCUAGACGAACGAGAACCGACAUACAUAGGCAGCCAAAAUGCGACAGACCAGCAAACUAGUGACACGGAAGAUUUGAUUGUCCUGCAGAGUGGUGGUUUGUUUUCGUGCGCAGCCAUUUAAGUCCAACAUUAAUAUUAUGUGCAAUAAGGAGAAGGGACUUUCACUGUAAGGUGUUGGGUUUGACCAUUGUGCAAUUUAGAAAGGAGUUGACGAGUUGUGUGUUGUAUGAGUGAGCCUUCUUGUUUUGUAUUGCGUUUGUGGAAUUAGUUAGUUCCUAAUUGUAUUGCCAUUGUGGAGUUUCUCUCUCUCUCUCUGGUUCACCAAUUAUAUUGUGAAUUAUUGUUA